CAGCGACAUGCACAGCAGCGGUCUGGGCCCGAUACGGGAGUUAUCGAGGCGCGCGGCCUGGGUCCUGCGGGGAUGCAGGCUGGUUCCCAGCACCCAUCCCCCUGUUACAAGACAGUCAUGGUUGUGUGCCUCUCCAUCUGCUGGAUUGCCUGCCUCUUUCUGCCCUCUGUUAAGCAGUGGGCGUAGACUGGCCUCCGUGGCCUCAUCAGAAUGGAGUGGUGGGAGCUUGUCCUCUGCUGGUUGGGAGCAGGAUAGCAAUGAGCCAGCACCCAGUGGAAAGCUACUGGAAGCUGUCCGUCUGUCCCUGGCGGCACAGCAGAGACAAGCUGAUAUAGGGAACUCGGAGCUGGGGAAGAUGUUGGAUUCAUUCUCUGACAUGGGAUUCAGUAACGCCCAGAUAAUGCAGCUGUUCGGGUUGCAGCCCAAGCUGGCUCCUCAGACACGGCUGGCGGUGGUUUCCGAGCUCCUCCUGUUGGGCUUGGAUGCUGACUCCACGCUGAGGGUCUUGCAGAAGAGCCCUGAGGUGCUAAGGAUGACGACCCAGCAGCUGAGGCAUCGUGCAGACUACCUGCGGAGACUGGACCUCGGAGAAGGGAACCUGCAGCGAGUGGUGAGCCACUGCCCCAGUAUCUUCACCUUGUCCUGGAAGAAAAUAGAUGCAGUGGUGCAGGUGUUCAAGGAGAAGUGUAUUUUCACAGUGGAUCAGGUGACAGAGAUUCUGCAUCGCUGCCCCAACGUCCUGUUGGAGGAACCGCAUGACCUGGAGUACAAAUUCCAGUACGUGUACUUCAGAAUGGGAGUAAAGCACAAAGCAGUGGUGAAAUCUGGUCUCUUCCGAACUCCAAUAGCUGAGGUCAAGAACCGGCACAUCUUCUUAGAGCGCCUGGGGCUUUAUCAAACCCCUGACAAGAAAGGCCAGACCCAGAUCGUCAACCCGAAACUGAAGGAGAUCAUCCGAGUCUCGGAAGGGGACUUCCUGGCCAAGAUAGCCCACUCCUCCCUGGAGGAGUUUGAGGUCUUUAAGAAGCUGCUGGCUCGGGAGGAGGGGGAGGGGGAUCAGGAUAUAGCGUCCGAAGAGACAGAUUCAGCCAGCGAAGGGGAAGGGGAAAGGUCUGACAGCGAGGAAGGAAACUGAACUCUUACCCCCAAGCUUCAGUAAGGACUUCUUGGCCAAAGAGUCAUUGGUGGAAACCAGCUGCUGGGGUUACCACACAUCUUGGCUGCUCCUAGACAUUCCCUUCUGACCUGUGUGUUUAAUGGUGUUGCCAUGACAUCACUAGUUCGGAAACAUUCACUGGACACAGGUCCCCUGGGCCACAGCCUGGGGCUUGACUGCUGCCUGGGGGCAGGCAGUUCUGUCCUUGUUUUCCUCAGUGAGCUGAGGCCUCUGUUUCAGGUGGCUGUGUAAAACCAAUAAAGCUCAGACCCU